GAGGUGUCGGUUCAGACCAUGUGUCUGGAGGAAGCUGUUCGGGUCCUUCAGGUUUGUGGAGCGGGCACGGCAGGGUCGGCUCAGGCAUCGCUUCAUGAAGGAGAUACGGCAGGCUGAGGAAGAAGGGAGCCAGGCCAAGAGCCAAACACCCAUCAGCACCCUGGACCCCGACCAGGCUGCCACAUGCAUUCAGAAGGUUUGGCGGGGCUACAGUCAGAGGAAGAGGACCAGGAGAGAACGGCUGGAGGAGAUGAUAUUUCUGGGAAUGGUCCCUCCAGAGCAGCAGCAGCAGAGGCCCAGCGUGGCCCAGCUGAAGGCCCAGCAGGUGGAGACGACUCGCAGGCUGGUCCAGGAGGAGAAUGAGGCUGAGUACCAGAGGGCCCUGGUCAGCAUCAAGGAGUCUGUGCGUGCCGUGGACGGCCCUGACCUACGGGAAACACUGCAGGAGCAGAUCAGACAGUGGUUUAUCGAGUGCCGAGAUGCCACUGGAAAGUUUCCUGACUUCCCCAAUGCUGAGGAUGGUGGAUCAACAGCCAUAUUUUCACAGAAGACACCUGACCAGGUCGCUGCAGAGUUAGCAGCGAAAGAGGAAGAGAAGGAGGAGAAGAGGAAAGACAACAUAAAUAAAGAUAAGAAGGGUGGGAAGGACCGCAAGGAUCAGAAGAAAGACAAGAAGCGGAGAAGCAAACAGAAGAAAGGAGGAAAAGAAGAAGGAGAGGAAGCGUCCUUAUGGAUCGACCAGAACCAGGACCAGAACCAGAACCAGGACCAGGACCAGAACCAGAACCAGGACCAGAACCAGAACCAGAACCAGGACCAGAACCAGGACCAGAACCAGGACCAGGACCAGGACCAGAACCAGGACCAGAACCAGAACCAGGACCAGGACAGGAAUGAUCUGAAUGACUGUUCAGGACAAGGUUAA